AAACGCUAUCUUUGCUCCUUUUGCCAGAAUCGCUCUCUCUCUCUCUCUGUCUCCCUCUCUCCCAAAAGCUUCUGAACCGGCCCCUUUCACCUUCCAUGGCUGCUGAAAUUACAGAAGGUUUCAAACGGUUGAACCCUUUUGCACCCGAGUACUUCCCCUCCUACUAUUGCCCCCCACCGCCCCCGCUAAACCCUAGCUACUAUUAUUCCUCAUAUUCCCAUCAAACUGCCACUACCGUUUUCUUCAAUCCCUCUGUUCCCACUGCUCAAACCCUACCCUCUCAUCACUUUGCACAAGGUCCUCAAGUGCCUGAAAAACAGCAGCAGAAAAGCUAUGGCAAUGAUAGGGUCCAAAACGAGAAGACGACUGUUCCUCGUCCCAUACGGCUAGUUAGGGGAAGAAGGUCCACUUUCAGUUAUGGAUGUCUAGGGAGUAGUAUUGAUGGUAAAAAGCAAAAGGGUAAGUACGAGAAGAGGAAGGAGUGGAAGCCAAGGGUUCGCGGCAGCUAUAGGAUGUCUGACGAUAAAUUUAGAACUAUUAAUUGGAAGGGAUGUAAUGAUCUACGUGUGGAAUACUUAAAUAAUUUCUCUAUGCCGAAGAAGGUGAAAACCAAAAGUUACUCGGAUGUUUUGCAUGUGGAAGAACAUGGAGAAAAUACAGCCGUCAUGAUCAGAAAUAUCCCAAACAAAUACACCCGGGAUAUGCUGAUGGCGUUUCUGGAUGCCCAUUGUGCUGAGGAGAAUGAUAAACCGGAUGUAGGAGAUGAGAUUUCGUCCUAUGAUUUCUUAUAUCUGCCUAUAGACUUCAAUACUGGGUUUAACAAAGGGUAUGCGUUCGUCAACUUCACCAACAGCAAGGCAGUCUGGAAAUUUUCUGAAGGGACUGGUGGGAAGACUUGGGAUCUUUUCUACUCUUCAAAGAAACGUGAAAUUGCCUACGCCAAAAUCCAGCAAAAUAUAAUGAAUGAUACAAUGGUGUUAGUGGUGAUUAAUUACGACGUAAUUGGUGAUCAGGGCAAGAAGGAGCUGGUAAGUCAUUUCGAGACGAUGAGGUUUCCUUGUGCAUCAGAGGACGUGCUGCCGGUGUGUUUCGACCCACCUCGAGACGGUUCCAGGAUGUCUGUUCAGAUCUCGACUGUAGGCCAUGCAGUGGAUCUUAAUCGACAUGACAAUUAA